GUGUUAACUAAAUUGAAGCGUUUGUAUCUCCCGCGUCUCAUUUCUGUAUCUGGGUUAAUUAAUAUCGCUUUUUCACCAACAAUUUUCGCGGGGUUUUCUCUCGCUUCUGUCUCUCCGAACAAUGGACGCAAAUUCUGUGGAGGACCUUUUGAAACUGCUUAUUUCUUCUGCGUUUCGGAGAUGCCGCAUGUUAGAUGAUCUCUGCAGAUUAUCGGUGUUUCUUAGACCUAGGCGGCCUUCAGUUCUAAUUUCAGUAUCUGAUACAGGCACUGGAAGCAUUUUGGAGGAAUUUAGUGAAUUGAAAUUCGAAAACAAUACCAUUUUGUCUGGUAAAUGGGAUGGAGUUCUUUCCAUAAUGACCACAAGCAGCUCUGACAGAGAAAUACAUCACUUAAAAUUUGACUUCAAAGAAGUUGUUUCCUCAAGAAGAUUGGUGAGACUAUCAUCAGCAACAAAGAAUGGUGCAAAAUUCAGCGGAACUGAAGUAUCAUUAUCCUUGUAUGAAGAAAUAGACGGUCUGGUAACAAUGUUAUACCUCUUUCUUCAAAAGAUUCUUCUUCUGAAAGCAUUUAAAAUUGCAAUUGAACUGAUAGUUGAAUCUGGUGGUGGUACAAAAUCGUUUUUUCUGCAAAAUGGGUGCAGCACCACAGCUAUGAAUGCUUCAAAUAUUCACAACCUGAUGUUGGGACUAGAAGAAUAUGUGUCCAAGCAUGGGAACAAAUUUGCUGAAGCUUGCCACUCUUGCUUCUCAAUUGGAAAGAAUCUCAAAGUUGGUACUGGGAUAGCUUGUAGCAGAGAAAACCAGCAAAAUUCGGGACAGGUGAUGGAAGUCGUAAUUAUCAUCAGCAAUAUAUCAAUGUCAGAUCAAUCUUCCUGCUCCAGGUUGUAUGGCCGUAGAACAGAGGUGUUGUACUUCAGAGAUUUCGCACCCUGCUCAAUGCCACAACCAUCUCUUGAAGCAUUGAACAGCAUUGACUGGAAAAAUUAUGGAUUAGUUUUAAAAAGUGUUGGAGAUCAAGAUGGCAUCACAUUGUUAGAGUGGGAAAACUUACCACCAUGCUCGCACAUUGAUAUUGCGCUACACAUAUAUGAUAAACAGACAUUGCCUUGCUCACGCAGCAAUAGAAUUGACAGGUUCCUUACCAGAAAAGCUCUCAAGCUUGCAUUAACUGACCUGAAGAAGAGGAACGUAGGAACAUUACUCAGUGAGCGUGCUGUCAAGAUAUGCAACCAUGCACCUGAUCUUGCCAAAUCAAUCUCAGGUCUGAUCAUGUCUUCACUUGACUUGGACUUCAAAAGAGAGUGCUUUUCUCUACUUGGGCUGCCAUCUCCAGAAUCUGAGAAGGAUAUCAUUGAGAACUGUAUCAAAGAUAAGAUCAUUUCUGUCGUUGCAACGAACGACAGUGGUGGUCGGGGAACCAAGGAAGCUCCGGUUCUUUUCAAGCAGGGAUACGAGGAGGAAUAUGAAGGUGCAGUUUUGCAGUUCUAGAGUCGAGGUGACCAUGAAAAUCAAGAAUGACUAGAGAUUAUGUACUUCCAUAGAAAUUUAAGUUGAACUUAUACAUUUUAGUUUAUCAUUUUAUAUCAUGUUAUAACUUUAGUUUUGGCAAGA